CAGAUGAUGCUGGUGCAACAGAAACAUUCCAGAGACUUAGUCAAGCCUAUUUCCAGCUAACAAGAAAAUAUGCAGUUGACAGGAUAGUAGGGUGUUGUCAAAGUUGUGGAUGUCAGUACUGUUAUGAAAGUGAAGAUGAAGAAGAAGAUUUUACUGAUGAAGAUCUGGAAGAUGACGAUGAAGAAAGCUAUGCCUCUUGGUUCUUCAGAAAGUUGUUUGUUGAUGUAUUUGGGGAAUUUGUAUUUCAAAGAAGAUUUCAGUCCAGGAAAAAACCAAAGUCUCAAAGGUUUACUCGGGAGGAGGAAGAAGAGGACAGCUUCUUUGAUUUUAUUUACAAAAAAUACAGAGAUGGUGAAGAAGAAGAAUUCAUCACAGAAGAAGAUCUGAAAAAGUUUCAUUCCUACGAUGAGUGGUUAAAGGACAGAGAUCCAAAGAAAAAGCCAAAUCAAAGAACAAGGAAAGCCAGGAAAAGGCUUAAAAUCAAGUCAGAAAAGCCAAAGACGAUCAGUAAAAAACAGCAACUAGCAGAACAGCACAGGAGGGAAAAGGAAAUGAAGGAAAUUUCUGAAGAAUUAAAAAACAAGCUAAAGAAGAAUGAGGCUACAAAUCAAAAUUUGAAGAAUGCUGCUUCAGGUCAGAAGAGUAAUGGGAUUGAUGAUGCAGAAAUUAUGAAAGAAGUGGAAAUGCAGUUAAAAGAAAAUAGAAAAAAUGAACUACAGAGGUCAAAGAUCACGACAGAAUCCACCAACAAUAAAAAGAAAAAAAGGAAGGCAUUGAAAGAAAUUAAAAAGCAAGUUAAAGAAGAAGCUAUUAAAACUCUGAAGAGGGACAUUGAAAAAGAAAAGAGCCCUGUACGGAUAACAAGUUCUAACAAAGAUUUGUUUGGAUCUCUUAACAAUGACCUCAAUAUUAAUCAAAUGGGUAAUCCAGCGGGAGAUAGGGAAACCAGAGAACAGGGUGUCAAAUCUAGUAUCCUACAAAGUGCUAUCUUUGGUACAGCACCUCCCGUGAAUGUGAAUAAAUCAGACAAGAAAGCCGAAUUGUUACAGCGUCAUCUAAAACAGUAUAAUGAGUUGAUGAAAGUCCAGCCUGUACGACACACAGAGAAACAGCUGACAGAGGAAAGAAUUAAAGAGAAGAAUAAACAAUUACAGAAACAACAUAAAGAAUUAAUGGAAUUAAGGAAUACUGAUCAGAUCAAGGUAGACAAGACUUCAUCAAAAAGGAUGGAUGAUACUGUGGAGGAAGAAUUUGCACGUAUGAAAAGGGAGCACUUGAGAAAGCAGCAAGAGAUGGAAAGAAAGAGAAAUGAAGAAGAAAUAAAAGCAAUACAACAAAAGAGAACAAAACCACAGAAAUCCUCCCAGCCUCAGCCUACAAUGAAAUGGUAUGAGAAACCAACACAGCCAGUUAAAUUAGUGAAGAUUGCAAGUCCACCUGCACCUACUACUAAUGUUUGGGCUGAACGAUUUAGACAACAAGAGGCCACUAGAUUACCCAUCCCAUCGUCUAAUGAGGAAGAAGAGGAAAUGUUAAGGAAAGUCUUAGAAAUGAGUGAAAUGACAGCUAAACAAGACGAAGAGAGGAGAAAAUAUCGUCAACAGAUGGCAAAUAAAGAAUUCAUACCAGAGCAGCUAAAACGACAGAUAGAGGAAAGUAAACAAGAAAGUACAUCAAAGCCUGAAAAUAUUUUGCCUUUAAAACCACACAGCAGCAAAUGGACAUCAGUUGUUACCUCAAAUUUAUCAAGUGAAGUCAUGAAACAGGAAGUCAGAUAUACAGAUCCACCAGAAAAAGAGAUUAAAAUAUUGGAAACUAACUACAACAACUUACGACCAAAUCUGAAAAUCAAAAUACCAACAGAAAAACCAGUAAAUUAUGAUGAGGAUUGGACAGAAGAGAUUCAGGAGCUGGACAUAUCACCCAAAAUACCUACAACUAUUGAAAAAUAUGUUAAAUGGAAUAAAAAUGUUAAACAGCAAACUAACAACAAUACAGAUGAUAGUAUUUCAAGGAAAUCAUGCAGUCCAAAACCAAGGUCACCUGUUAUUUCACCUUCAAAUGGAUCAGGAGGUCAUCUUGUUCAACAAACACUUUCACAUAUAUUACCCACAGUAGGUAUUGAUGCAACUGUCAGAGAUCAGUCACCAAAAAAUGCAUGGACAAUAAAUGCAUCUAAUGAAGUUCAUCAAAAGGGAGAGGACGAUUGGGAUUUAGUUACUGAUGACAAAUGGGGCAUAAGGUCAAAUUCUGUAGGUCAUAAAGGCGACUAUGAUGCCAAUGUUACAGAAAAAUAUCAGUUAUUGUAUGAUAAGAAAGGAACAGAUGUAGUCCCUAGACAACAAAGAUACAAACAGAAACCCAUGAAAUCAGUCAGUAAACCAGAAUCCAUGGGACAGCAAAGGACAAAAUUAGAUCUAAAUCAUAACAUGUAUACAUCAGAAGACUCUAGAAGUGGAUUUAUAAAAAACGUAACAAAACCCCUUAAUGAAAAUUGGGUUUCAGGCUUUGUGGAUGAUAUAAAACAAGCUUCACCAGAAAACUGGAGCUGUGGAUCUAUCAGACCAGUACAUAAGACAGAAAACUGUACAAAUAACAGCAACCAGACAUGGGAAAAGCAAUGGAGCAGAGGGUCAACAAUGGAUGCCAGAUCUGAAAACUGCAGUGGAUUAGCAAACAAUGGCAAUCAUGCAUCAGAGGAACAUUGGAGCAUUGGAUCUGUUAAUAAUAAAUCUGUUCCCUCAGAAAAUAGUAGUAUUAGAAUAGCAGAUGAUAUUCCACGAAUUCCACAAAAUCAUAUGAAUAUUGGAGGUAAUACUGAUGUUAAAAAUUUAACACAAUUUGACAAUAAAAAGCAAAAUGUCUGUUGCCCUGACACAUCAUUUGAGAAAUCUGAAGUUAAAACUCAGCAACUGUCAAUGAGUAAACACUCAGAUAUUCAGAAGUCACAAUUAAUUGUUCAGAGUUCACUUGAGAAACAACGAACUUACUCUGAAAAUUGGGACGAAGUAGUUAUUAAGGAAAAUGUUCAUUCAUCUUUGCAAGAAACAAAAAAAAUCGUAGAACUUGAAAAAUCUGGUCCAUUUGAGAAACAAGAAUUUUCCUUGUUGAACAAGAAACCAGUAAGCAUUCCAAGUUGUGACGCUAAGACUGUGAUCAAACAAAGAAACAUAAUGUCCAAUUGUACUGAAAAAACAAUCAAACAGGGAACCAGUGGAGAAAAUUGGGAGGAAGAUCUGCUUACUGUUGUUACACAAACUAAUUCCAAACCAAUGAUGCAAAAUGUUGAGUUGAAAAAUGAACGAGUACGUAAUGAUGAAAUUUCUAAAACAAAAAUUCCAGGACAAAAUAUAGAUGAAAAUUUUGAUCACAGGCUUCCUGUUCUUAAAAACUUGUCAACAAGUUCGGAAGAAGACGUUGAGUUACCAUCCUGUCGGUUACCUCGCUUGCCUCAUAUUCCACACAAACAGAAUUCAAAGAUUUGUCCUCCAGUUUCCAGCAGUGUCAAACAUGAAAACCAUCCUUCUCCUAAAUGUGAAGAAACAACAAUAAAACAACAUUCAUCUACGAAUAAGGAAUUACCACCUAGUUCUCAACAGGAUUUGUCAGGAUUAAUGGCAGGUUUAAACAUGUCCUCUGCCUCAAUGAACCUUCCUUUAGGACUUCCUCCACAUCUUGCUCAUGCUUAUUUGCAGUUUUUAUCUAGUGGAAAUACCAAUGCUACGGGAAUGAUGCCAUUAGCCAAUAUGCCACUUUUACCAGGCUUAUUACCAAUGUUACAAAAUCCUCUAAUGUCUGCUUCUCCAAUACUGGCAUAUUCUCUACAACAGCAACAGAUGGCGGCCAUGAAUAUUGCUAUGGCAACAGGGGGAAUGAUGGGAAUGAAUGUACCUCAAGUUGAUGCAACAACUCUUCUAAGGCAAAAUAUGCCAAAUGUGGAUGGUCAGAGUAAUUUAAGUAGUGAAAAGGAAAAGUGUCAGCAAUACCAACCUCCUUUGCCAAAUUUAGAAGUUGAGUCACCUGUCUCAGUUAGUAAUAAACAUAGUGAUACCAACAGCAAUGCCAGAUAUGUUAAUAAUAUAAAAGGCAACAAUAGCACCAUUCCUACGGCAGCAGUACAUAGUAAUCAAAACCAUACCUUAAUUAAGGAUCCUGUAAAGUAUAUCCCACGGCCUGUAGAAUCUCAGAGGAGCAUGAUGGGAACAGGAAGUAACCAGUCUGAGAUUCCAUCCUAUAGUAAAACUCCAUAUGACCUCCAGAGGAAGAAAGAUCAGGUUCAAGCUGUACAAGACAUGCUAAGUGGAUUGAGGAAACAACCUAGUUCUCUGCUUGAAAAUUCAGAGUUGGAUCCUAGACCCUUUUAACAAGACUUAUUAUGGAACAUGGAAUUCCUUGGGUAACGAUUUAUUAGUUGUGAAAAACUUGUAAAGAAAUGGUGCUUAGUUCAAAGGUGCUGACCACUGACUGUGCUCUUUUUUGUUUGUGUAAAGGAAAUGUGCUAUUGAUUAAUGGUACAAGGUUACUGAAUGCUUUUAUUGGUGUGUUAAUACAUUGUGCAUUAUUUUAAAGGUAAAGGGUUGAUAAAUAUGAUUUUACUUGCUCUAAGAUGAAGUUUGUUUAUGGUAACAAAAUUGAUGUACUGUAUAUUAAGACAAUUCUAAAAAGAGAAAAUUAGACUUGAACAUUACUGGUUUGAUAUACCUGUUGAUAUAGUGCUUUUUGUAUCAUUUUAUUGUUUUAUCAUGGCUAAUGCUUUAUCAAAUUUUCACUUAGAAUCUAAAAUAUGAAAGGCAGAUGGUGUACAUAUAAAAUAUAUAACUCAGAGGUAAGAAACAAAUGUGAUGUUUAGGUUUGUCCUCAUAAACCCUGGAAUGCCACACUUGUUGCAAAUUCAUUAGGAUGGUCGAUGACUGUUUUGAGGCAGCUUAAAUAUUUGAAAAACAAACAAAGAUACACUAAUUUUAUUUUUGUUUUAAUUUUGGCAGCUUAUCAAUUCAUUUGCUUGUGUAGCUCAUCUAUAAACUCAAAUAUGUAGCAAUUAUGUGAUGAAUUUAAAAUAAUUCAAUACUCAUAUUAAAUUUAGUCUGAUGGAGCAAAGAAUGAUUCAAGGUCAAGAAUAGUUGUUGUCUCUUUGACACAUUCCCCGUUUCCAUUCUCCAUUUUAUUCCGUAGUUAAUUAUAAGAGAACUUGCAUACCACAUGUCCACAUAUGUAUUAAAUGAAAAAAUGUCUAGUCAGAACAAUAGUGCAAUAAUGAAUUACAUGUUAAUAUCAAAUGGUCUAUUAAAGUUCUCAUCAACAUAAGUAUAGUGGGUAGAUACUACUUGUGACAAUCUCUUAAUUAUACCAAUAGAUACUCAACUGUGCAAAAAACUGUUAUGUAGAAGUAUUGCCUUUUUGUGACAUGCAUGAGUUGUACUUGAUAUGAUGAGUGCUGAUAUGUUUUGUUAUUAUAAAUAGUUUGUUUAGGGUUAUAUCUUUUAAA